GCCGUGGUUGAGGUGGAUACCACACCAGGUUACACCGUACGGAGGGGAAUAUAUUGCGUUCGGUAAAUAGCCUCUACGCCUUUCGUCCCCCCAAAUAACGCACCCGGAAUUUAGUCUCGAGAUGUUAGUCUCCAUAAAAGAGUUGAUCUCCUUUGAUAUCUUCCGUUCGUCAAGUUUGCUCCGUCUGUCGUUGCACGAGCAAGUGGUGUAAGGUCUGCAGCUGUUACAUGGGCACCCACCUGAGCUCAUAUAACCAGCCCCUUUCGUGUCCACUAAUGGCAUUGGCUUCGAAGUCAACGAUUGUCCCGUCAGCAGCAGUCCCAAGGCCGUAGACGGCGUCGUUUGUCUCGUUUUCCGAUGCUUCAAACUACCAAGCAAGAUGGCCAUCUCACCGGACCUCCUUUGCACCAUUUUUACCAUACUCCAAAGCCUCAUUGCGGUCUCCCUCAUUGUCAGAACGCCUCGGAACUCCUUUAUACGUUGGAUAUGCCUCCCUUCAAUAACCUACAUGGCCUACAUUGAAGGCGUCCUGAUUAGAAUGACCGACCACCAUACCUAUGCCAAAGUCACUCUUAGUGGCAUGCCAUUCACCAUACUUAUCCAACAUAUAAACUUGCUUUUAAUUGCCAGAGUCGAUUUGACAGGGCAACCGGGUACUAUUGCAGAGAAACUUGCGUCUGCUUCUGCGUUGCUCCAGUCUACCCGUGGUAUUGGCACCGCCUGGCAGGUAAAGAAUAUUCCCAGUCAUCCACUUGUGCUUCGAGCAAAACCACCCAGCCGAGGCUAUUUCAUGAGCAGGCAGCUGGCCAUUAUCAUAUGGGAAGUUCUUGCCCUGGUUCUCGUGCUCUCAUUGUUAGCUACCCAUGAUGUGCAGGAUUAUGAUGGGUCAUACAUAUAUGGAUCCGGGCGCGAAUUCGAGAUGGCAAAUUCUAGCAUGAAGCAGCUCCUCGGACGUGUCACAGUCGCAUUUCUCUUCGGAUUUCCUGGAUCGAUGCUCUUCCUGGACUCUAUGUACCGGGUGGCGUCUCUAAUAUCAGUAGCGACGGGAAUGACAACAAUCGCUUCGUGGCCCCCAGAGUUUGGGAGUCUGGCCGACACGUAUACUGUUCGCGGUUUCUGGGGCAAAUUCUGGCAUCAAAAUCUCCGCUGGUCAUACACUGGUGUUUCAACAGCAAUCACCUGCCGUAUCCUCGGUCUUCCCAAGCCCUCCUUGAUAGAACGAUAUCUCAACCUGACCAUCGUCUUCAUCCUAUCCGGCUUGAUGCAUGUAUUCACAAAUGUGAUCAGUGGAAUUGAAGGUGGAAACACUGGAGCCAUGUUGUUUUUCGUCGCACAAGCCGGUGCCAUCAUGUUUGAGGACAUCGUCCAACACUACUGGGCUAUCUUGUCACGAGGAAAGAAAAGCACUUCAGCUGAAACACCCAUCUGGCAGCGGUGCGUUGGGUUCAUGUGGGUAUUUUGCUGGUUGGGUGCAACAUUUCCCUGGUGGUGGUAUCCUAUCAUCCGGAUGCUGGUGGCGUAUGACUGGACUGGGGCGUUGGAUGUCGUUCAGGGUUUGGGAAUGACCAAGUUCAACCUUUCUGUUGUGGUGACUGUUGGUGUGGUCAUUUUGCGUAUGGUGUUUGGUGCUGAGAUCUGAG